CUUCACACAAAAAUGACAAUAACGGAGUUGACCAUUAACGCCUCUCCAGUAGGUCUCGCAUAUAGAGCUCAAGAGAAUAGUCCGAGUACGCAGAUACUAAUGACGUAUUACGUAAUUAUUCGCACGAGGUCUUUGGUAAGCCUUUGAUGUUGCAAACACGCUAGUCUAGUUCCAAUUGAAAUUUACAGUUUUGGUAGGACACAAUUUGCUAAUAUGUCUAUGUUUGUACACUUGUAAGUGUAUUCCAUGCACCAGACAAUAUUGAAGUUAUAAUGUCAUAAUUUAGAACUUGAAGAAUGUCUUUGCUGAUGUGAUGUUAAAAUGAUGUUAUUCCGAGUCUGCAGAUCAGAUCUAUAUCUUAUUGACCUGUCAUAUUAUGAGAUGGAUGUUCUGAAAUAUUAUCGUCAUUAAACCUUGUCAUAGAGUAAAGUUGUUCUGAUGUUUGGAAACUUAUUCAGCAAACCUACCGCAAUUUUAGUAGUCGCAGUAUGUCUAGUUAGCCGCAGCUACAUCUUAAUUAGCAAAUUAUUACCAGAUUUCAGUUGGAACCAGUCUACCGUUUGUUUGAAAAUGGAUCCGAAUUAUAGAAGAAGUGUGUCUGCUGAAAACUUGUUAAGUCCACGCAUGUUAAGUCACGGUUUCGUCCAGAAGUCGUUGCGUGAGUUUUCUUCAGAUGUAAAUAGUCCACGCUUGUUAAGUCCAGAUAUCCGUAAGACGGUAUCUGAGCGUGUGUUUCGUAAGAACUCUCCUCAUGGUAGCUUGUUAAGUCCACUCUUGUUAAGUCCAGGUGUUGUCGAAACGUCUGAGAGUGUGUUACCAAGGAACAGUACUGGUGGAAGCUUGUUAAGUCCGUGCUUGUUAAGUCCAGGUAUUGACGUAAUACCUGAGCGCGUGUUUCCGCCAGACUCUAGUCAAAAUGUCAGGUCCGAAUGCUAUGUGUCCUGUCAUUCAACUAACAGUUAUGUUAAUGAUACUAAUGUUGAAGUUCUGAUUAACAAACUGAAUAUUAGAAACAAAGAUAUAACUCUUCUGAUAAUAACAGGAAUUGAUGUAGAAACUGUUAGAUCACAGUAUAAAGAAUGGUUGAGUCUUUAUGAACAGUAUCAAGUCUGUGUAAAUAAAACUAAAUUUACGAAAUUGGGCAGUCCUGAUUUGCGAAUAUUCGAUAGUGAGGUCAAAAGGUUUCGAAAUUAUGUUGAAGAGUGGUUUCAGCUCCAAAGAACCGACUCUCAGAUAAGACCUGAAGACAGUGCCAGUAAUCAUGGAAGCAGAAAGUCUACAAGAUCUAGUUCUCGGUAUACUGACAUAUCAUUGAUCAAAAUUCGACAAGAGCAAGAACGGGCAGUAUUGUUAGAAAAACAGAAAUUGUUAAUAAAGAGACAGCAACUAGAGAAAGAGAAAUUAGAGAUAAAACUACGCGAAGAACAACUAAAUCUAGAGACAGAAGUGGCUGUCGCAGAAGCAAAGGCUAAUGUUAUUGAUCGUGAACUUUUACAAAAUGGUUCUUCACGCUCCUGCCAAACUUAUGUUAAACAAUUACAUGUCAAUUUAAGUAAUUCAAGUGGUGUUUCAAAUUUUGUUAGUAACAAAGAUUGUAAACCUUUAAAAAAGGGCUCUUCACACAUUUGUCAAACUUCUGAUAAGCCAUUAAUUGUCAAUCUUAGUAACUUAAAUGGUACUCCAAAUUUUGUAAACAAUGAAAUUCAGUCAGCGUCUAUUGCAAAAGUUAAUUCAAAUUAUGAUUUUAACCGUGAUCUUAUACAGUCUCUUAAGAGACCUCAAAUUGAUGUCAAAAAAUUUGGAGGCGAUCCAAUUGAGUAUAAUAGAUUUAUGAGACAAUUGAGUUCCAAUGUUUUGAUAUUCUGUGACAAUUUUGAAGACAGGCUUAAUAUUUUAGAAAAUUAUACAUAUGGUCAGCCCCACCGCAUUGUCUCUGGACUCAGUUAUCUUAAUGCCGAGAUAGCUUUCAAUACUGCACUUAGAGAAUUUGAUGAACGAUAUGGUGAUACGGACAUUAUUGCUUCAGCCUUUGUUAAUAAGGCAUUAAAGUGGCCUCCUAUCAAAUCUGAUAACGCAAAAUCAUUGGACGAAUUUGGUAUUUUCUUGACAGAAUGUUUAAAUGCUGUUAUAAACAUUAAUUCUGUAAAAAUCUUAGAUUAUCCUGAGAAUUUAAAGCAAUUAGUCAGUAAGUUGCCUUACUAUCUUCAAGAUCGGUGGAGAAAUGUGGCUUUAAGGGUUAAGGGUGCUAAUUGUAUUCCAUCUUUUGAGGAUUUAGUUAAGUUUAUCCGUGAAGAAUCUAGAAAAUUAUCAGAUCCUAUUUAUGGUAAAGAUGCCAUGCAGGCAAUUUGUUCCCCAGUACAACCCCCUCAGCUUAACAGGCCACCACACUUUAGUCAAGGGUCACAAAGGCAGAGAUCUAAGAAUUUUCAUAUAGAUGUAAAUAAGAAACUCAUAUGUCACUUUUGUGGUGAAAAACAUUUCAUUAAUGAUUGUGGAAAACUUAAGAAACUUUCUUAUGAUGAAAUCUAUAAAUAUAUUCGUGAUGAAGACCUUUGCUUUGGUUGCCUUAAACCUGGGCAUAGACGUUAUCGAUGUUGGUAUAAAUUAGAUUGUUUGAAAUGUAAUGUAAAACAUCCAACCAUAUUGCAUAAUGACAAAAAUGGAGAAAGGGAUGGUUCUCAUAUGGAGGCCGGUCCUGCACAGCAGAGUUGACUAUGCACAUGUACAAUGCCCAUAGUACCGGUUAAAGUUGUAAAUGGGUGUAAAAUUGUUGAAACUUAUGCUUUCAAUGAUUCUGGGAGCAGUGUGUGUUUCUGUACACAUACUUUAAUGUAUGCCUUAGGUCUAAGUGGUAAACAAACUAGUGUUAAUUUACAAACUAUGAAUAAAUCUAAUAGUAUGCCUACUAUUAUAUUAAGUAAUAUCAAAGUUUACAGGUACGAUAUGUCAGAUUCUAUCAUUAUUAAGAGUUGUUAUACUAUUGAUCAAAUUCCUGUGACAAAGAGUGAUGUCCCUUUAGUUAGUGAUAUCUCAAAAUAUCCACAUCUUGAGGAUAUUGACAUCCCAGAAUUAAACUGUGAUGUUGGUUUGUUAAUAGGUAAUAAUGUUGCUGAAGCCUAUACUCCUCAAGAGUAUAGGAUAGGGCCACAAGGCUCUCCCCACGCGUCUAAGACUGCAAUAGGAUGGAUAUUGUGGAAUGUCCUGCGCGAAGAGAAUGAAUCAUCAAAAUUAAUGGCAAAUCGUGUCUUGAGUAACAGUAUAAAUUUAUGUGCUGAAAUUGAACAAUCUCAAAAUUUAGAUAGACUUGUUCGGACUAUUAUUAAUUUAGAUUUUCCGGAACGAAACAUUGACGAUAAGAAGGAAAAUUCGGUGUUAGAUGAACGCUUUAUUAAUAAUGUCAGUGAUUCAAUUAUUCUUGAUUCUAGUGGGCAUUAUCAAAUUGAUAUUCCCUUUAAGGAUAAUAAUGUUGUGUUACCUAAAAAUUUUAAUAUGGCACUUGAUAGACUUGAAUCUUUACGGAGAAAGUUUAGAAAAAAUCAGAAAUUUCAUGAAGACUACACAAACUUUAUGAAUUCCAUGUUUGAAAAAUCUUAUGCUGAGGAAGUCCCCAAAGAGGAGAUUAAUUGUGACAAUGACAGACUAUGGUUUAUACCCCAUCAUGCGGUAGUUCACAAACAGAAGGGGAAAUUACGUGUAGUUUACGAUUGUUCGGCUAAAUACAGAGGUGUAUCUUUAAAUGACACCUUAUUAUCUGGUCCAGAUUUAACUAACACUUUAUUAGGUGUCUUAUUGCGUUUUCGAUUAGGUAAAAUAGCAGUUAUGGCAGACAUUGAAGGAAUGUUCUUUCAGGUAAAGGUCCCACCAAAACAGAGACAUAGUUUACGAUUUUUGUGGUGGCCUAAUGGCAAUUUAUCUGUUGAACCUAAACAAUAUCAAAUGACAGCUCAUCUUUUCGGGGCAGUGUCUUCUCCAAGCUGUGCGAACUUUGCCUUAAAAAGUACUGCAAACAACAAUUCUCAUAGAUUUAAUGACUAUGUUUGUCAAAGUGUUUUAAAUGACUUUUAUGUCGACGACUUAUUAAAAUCGACAGACCUUCCAGAGGAUGAGGUUGUAGGCCUUGUACAGGAUCUCACAAAACUUUGUAAAUUAGGAGGCUUUCACCUUCAUAAGUGGAUAAGUAAUAGUGCAUUCGUUCAGGACUCAAUUCCGCUAGCUGAACGUGGUAAAUUGUCGCAAAUAUCGUUAUUAGAAGACGACCCUGUUAUAGAAAGGGCCUUAGGAUUAUAAUGGGAUGUUUCGUCCGACUCGUUAACAUUUCAAAUAAACUUAAACAGCAAACCCUAUACAAGAAGAGGGAUCUUAUCUAUUUUUAGUGCUGUAUACGAUCCUUUGGGUUUGGCCGCACCUGCGCUGCUCCCUGCUAAAAUAUUACUUCAGGAAUUGUGUCAAAGUGCUUACGGAUGGGACGAUAAAAUUAGUGAAAGAUAUUCAUUGAAAUGAUCAGAGUGGUUGUUGGAUUUACCACUAUUACAAACUCUUAGAAUCCCUCGAUGUGUUAAGACUAUUUCAUUUUGUGAUGUUGUAUCAACUCAGGUUCAUCAUUUUUCCGAUGCAAGUGAAGCCGGGUAUGGUGUAUCGAGUUACCUGAGGCUAGUCGAUAGUAAUGGCGUAAUAAACUGCUUAUUAAUCUUAGGAAAAUCGAGAGUAGCACCCCUGAAGAAGAUUUCGAUUCCACGUAUGGAAUUAACUGCAGCAACAAUUGCGACCAGGUUAAACAAGAAGCUUAUUGAUGAACUCAAGUGUCGGAUUGACAAAGUGUAUUUUUGGACAGACAGCACAACUGUGCUGAGGUACAUUUCAAACGAUGCAACAAGGUUUAAAACCUUUGUGGCUAAUCGCGUGUCAGUUAUUCGCGAAGCUACAUCUGUUGAUCAAUGGAACUAUAUUUCAUCGAAAGAAAAUCCGUCGGAUGUUGCAUCACGUGGUUGUAGCGUUAAGACUCUUAUGAAUGACAAUAAUUGGUUUAAAGGUCCAAGUUUUCUACAGGAUGAUCAAUCAACGUGGCCUAGUGGUAAAAUUCCAAACAAUUUGGAUCAAGAUGAAAUCAGCGAUUCAGAAAUUAAACGUGUUGUGACUGUAACUGUUGAACGUGAAAGUCCAAUUGACAAACUUGUUAAACAUUAUUCUAACUGGAAAUGUCUUGUGCGUGCUGUAGCGCUAUUAAGGCAGUGCGUCAGAUGGUGUCGAAAUAAAUUAACUAGCUUUACAUUGACUGUCGAAAAUUUGGAGGAAGCCAAAUCAUGUAUUGUCAAGCAUGAACAAUUAAAGUUCUUAGGCGAAAUUGUCGAAGUUUGUGAACAAAACAAUCAAGAACAUAAAGCCAAACUUUUAAGGUCUAUAAAUGUGUCAAAAUUAGAUCCGUAUGUUGCCAACGGUGUUUUACGGAUCGGUGGACGAUUGCGCAGAGCAGAUAUGUGUUUAGAUGCAAAGCAUCAAAUAAUAUUGCCUAAAAACUCUAUAAUUUCAACACUGAUUGUGAGAGAAGCCCAUGCUCGCGUUGGACAUUUGGGUAAAAACGCUACACUUUCAGAAGUUCGUAAAGUUUUCUGGAUAAUUGGUGCAAGUAACUUAAUUAAAUCGAUUAUCUCAAAGUGUGUUGUAUGUCGUAAAUAUUCUGCGACCAAACUGCAACAGAAAAUGGCUGAUUUGCCUGCUGAGCGUUUAAUAUCGGGUGAAGCGCCAUUCCAUAGGACAGGAAUAGACUACUUCGGACCUUUUGAGAUCAAACGCGCAAGAUCGGUUGUAAAGCGUUAUGGCGUUAUUUUUACGUGUAUGAAUAGUAGAGCAGUACAUUUGGAGAUUGCAUCAUCAUUGGACACUGACUCGUGUAUCAAUGCAAUAAGACGUUUUAUCGCACGUCGUUCUAUGCCAAAAUUUAUCCGUUCUGACAAUGGGUCAAAUUUAGUCGGGGCCAACAGAGAACUUAAACUAUGUAUUGAUAAAUGGAACAAAGAUAAACUAACAAAGGAAUUCACUCAGAAAGGAAUUCGUUGGGAAUUUAAUCCACCUGCCGCUUCCCAUUUUGGUGGUGUUUGGGAGCGUUUAAUUCGGAUUGUUCGCAAAGUGUUGUGUUCGCUACAAAAGGAUCAGAUUAGUCGUCUCGACGAUGAGUCGCUUCAAACAUUAAUGUGUGAAGUUGAGCACAUAUUAAACAAUCGACCGAUUACUAAAGUUGCUGAAACUCCAAACGAUUUGGAUGCAUUAUCUCCUAAUCAACUGUUAUGCGCAGGAUACAAGAACUUGUCUUAUUCACCAUCAGCAACUGAGAAAGCAGAUAGUUACAUAAAGCGUCGCUGGCGUCAAGUUCAAUAUUUAACUGACAUAUUCUGGAAACGUUGGAUCCAUGAGUAUUUGCCAUGCUUACAGGAGCGCCAAAAGUGGUUAUAUCCAAAACGAAAUGUGGAAAUAGGUGAUAUUGUGCUUGUAAUUGAUAGUAAUAUCAGAAAUUCGUGGGCCUUGGCUCGUGUUAUAAGUGUUAUUACUGAUAAAGGUGGUUUAUCGAGAAUAGCAACAGUUAAAACCAAAAGUGGUAUAUUGCAACGCCCAAUUUCAAAGUUGUGCUUAGUGUUAGAAUGUGACGAAAAGUUAUAAGAACACAAUUUGUGUUAAAAUCACAAUACUCCGUCCAUAAAUAUGGAUAUGUGAAAUAAAUUUCAGUAUUAUAAUAUUGAAAAUCAUAAUCAGUGAAAUGCAUGUAUGUAAGACUGUAAAUAUUUAAAAUACUUUGGAAUGCUGUAUUGUUUGAUUAGUUAUUGCAAUUAGUUAUUAGUUAAGGCUUUGUAAUUGCUACUCUAGUUUUGUCAAUUAGUUAUUAGUUAAGGUUUUUUGUAAUUGCUACACUAUGUUUCGUCAAUUAGGAGGCCGGAAUGUAGACUUCACACAAAAAUGACAAUAACGGAGUUGACCAUUAACGCCUCUCCAGUAGGUCUCGCAUAUAGAGCUCAAGAGAAUAGUCCGAGUACGCAGAUACUAAUGACGUAUUACGUAAUUAUUCGCACGAGGUCUUUGGUAAGCCUUUGAUGUUGCAAACACGCUAGUCUAGUUCCAAUUGAAAUUUACAGUUUUGGUAGGACACAAUUUGGUAUGUAAACUAAAUUUAUGUUGAAAAGAUAGAUAAAACGCCUCUCUUUAGUUUGCCAGAAGUCAUAUAUUUAAGUACAUUUGUAGAUUUAUUAGAAUGAUAUUUGUAUGCUGCCCAAAUGUAGCAAAUUGGCAGCCAUAUUACUUCAUACCCGCCAUAUUGAUAGUAGUAGCAAUUCAUUUACGAAAUGAUGAGUUUGCCUGUCUGUUAUUUCGUAUGAAAACGAAUUUGUAUUGAUAAUUGAUCGAUGUAACUAUGAUUUACGUCUAAGCUGUGUCUGUGAAGUGUAUAGUAAUUAAUGUAAACUUUGUUGGAAGUCUAUUAUUUGACAGUACGCAAAAAGGCCUAAAUUUUAGGGACAGUCUAGUCCACGACAGAUUAAGUUAAGAUUUUUAGAUGUUGAUGUGUGUUCUUAUUGUUGCUUUUGUCUCGUUGCAGCUAAUAUGUCUAUGUUUGUACACUUGUAAGUGUAUUCCAUGCACCAGACAAUAUUGAAGUUAUAAUGUCAUAAUUUAGAACUUGAAGAAUGUCUUUGCUGAUGUGAUGUUAAAAUGAUGUUAUUCUGAGUCUGCAGAUCAGAUCUAUAUCUUAUUGACCUGUCAUAUUAUGAGAUGGAUGUUCUGAAAUAUUAUCGUCAUUAAACCUUGUCAUAGAGUAAA